CCGCGACCCCUCCCCGGCCGCCGGCCCCGGGCUGCGGGGCCCGAAGGCCGGCCGCGCGCGCCGCCUGGCCGCUGGGGGGAGCGCGGCGCCCUGGGGAGAAGCCCUCACCUGGUCGGGGCGGCGCGGGAGCAGCCGGGGAGGAGCCCGGCCCGCGGCGGCGGCGGAGGCGCAACGUCCUGCAAGUUGCGGGCUGAGCGCGCCCAGCCCCGGCCGGCGCCCAUGGCCCUGAGCAAGGGGCUGCGGCUGCUCGGGCGGCUGGAGAGCACGGGGGACCCUAGCGUCCUGCUGGAGGCGCGCGGGCGCGACGACGCCCUGCUCUUCGAGGCCGGCACGGUGGCCACGCUGGCUCCGGAAGAGAAGGAAGUCAUCCGAGGAGACUAUGGCAAGCUCACGGAUGCCUACGGCUGCUUGGGCGAGCUCAGGUUAAGGUCCGGUGGCGCGUGCCUGAGCUUCCUGGUGCUGGUGACUGGUUGCACAUCAGUGGGCAGGGUCCCAGACGCGGAGAUCUACAGAAUCACCACCAUCGACUUCUUCCCGCUCCAGGAGGAGGCCAAGGAGGAGGAGCGGCUGAGCGCCCUGCGCAAGAUCCUCAGCUCGGGGAUCUUCUACUUCUCCUGGCCCAAUGAGGGGUCUCGCUUUGAUCUGACGCUGCGUGCCCAGAAGCAGGGCGAGGACCAUGCUGAGGGCGGCGACUCCUUCUUCUGGAACCAGCUGCUGCACGUGCCCCUGCGGCAGCACCAGGUGAGCUGCUGCGACUGGCUGCUGAAGGUCAUCUGUGGGGUGGUGACCAUCCGCACCGUGUAUGCCUCACACAAGCAGGCCAAGGCCUGCCUCAUCUCCCGCAUCGGCUGCGAGUGUGCCAGUGCCCGCUUCCACACCCGCGGCGUGAAUGACGAUGGCCACGUGUCCAACUUCGUGGAGACAGAGCAGACGAUCUACAUGGAUGAUGGCGUGUCGUCUUUUGUCCAGAUCAGAGGCUCCGUCCCACUUUUCUGGGAGCAACCAGGCCUUCAGGUUGGCUCCCAUCAUGUGAGGCUCCACAGAGGCCUGGAGGCCAACGCCCCUGCUUUUGACAGGCACAUGGUGCUGCUGAAGGAGCGGUACGGGAAGCAGGUGGUCGUGAACUUGCUUGGCAGCAGAGGUGGCGAGGAGGUGCUCAACAGGGCCUUCAAGAAGCUGCUCUGGGCUUCCUGCCACGCCAGUGAUACUCCUAUGAUCAAUUUUGACUUCCAUCAGUUUGCCAAAGGCGGGAAGCUUGAGAAAUUGGAGAACCUCCUGCGGCCUCAGCUGCAGCUGCACUGGGACGACUUGGAUGUCUUCACCAAGGGCGACAACACCAGGCCCCGCUUCCAGAAAGGCACUUUGCGGAUGAACUGUCUGGACUGCCUGGAUCGAACCAACAUUGUGCAGAGCUUCAUAGCACUGGAGGUCCUGCAUCUGCAACUCGAGAGCCUGGGGCUGAACUCCAAGCCCAUCGUUGAGCGCUUUGUGGAAGCCUUCAGAGCCAUGUGGUCGCUGAACGGGCACAGCUUGAGCAAGGUGUUCACCGGCAGCAGGGCCCUGGAGGGCAAGGCCAAGGUGGGGAAGCCGGCCCGCUCCAUGUCGCGCACCAUCCAGUCCAGUUUCUUCGACGGCGUGCGGCAGGAGGCCAUCCGGCUGCUGCUAGUGGGAGACGUCUGUGGCGAGGAGUCGGCGGACAAGGAGAGGUUGCUCCUGGACAACGCUGCCCUGCUCAUGACGCCCAGGAUCCUGAAGGCCAUGACAGAGCGUCAGUCGGAGUUCACAACCUACAAACGGAUCCGGGUCGCCGUGGGGACCUGGAACGUGAAUGGAGGAAAGCAGUUCCGGAGCAACCUCCUGGGCACGGAGGAGCUGGCUACCUGGCUGCUGGACUCACCUGGGCUCCCGGAAGACGUGGAGUCCCCAGAUGACAGCUGCCCGGCUGACCUCUACGCCGUGGGGUUUGAAGAGAUGGUGGAACUCAGUGCAGGCAACAUUGUCAACGCCAGCACCACCAACAGGAAGAUGUGGGGUGAACAGCUUCAGAAAGCCAUCUCGCGCUCCCAUAGGUACAUCCUCCUGACCUCGGCGCAGCUGGUGGGCGUCUGUCUCUACAUCUUUGUGCGCCCAUACCAUGUGCCGUUCAUCAGGGACGUGGCCAUCGACACGGUGAAGACCGGCAUGGGGGGGAAGGCCGGGAACAAGGGCGCCGUGGGCAUCCGCUUCCAGUUCCACAGCAGCAGCUUCUGCUUCAUCUGCAGCCACCUGACGGCAGGGCAGUCGCAGGUGAAGGAGCGUAACGAGGACUACAGGGAGAUCACCCACAAACUGUCCUUCCCCACGGGCAGAAACGUGUUUUCUCAUGAUUAUGUGUUCUGGUGCGGCGACUUCAACUACCGCAUCGACCUCACCUACGAAGAGGUUUUCUACUUUGUGAAGCGCCAGGACUGGAAGCGGCUGCUGGAGUUCGAUCAGCUGCAGCUACAGAAGUCCAGCGGCAAAAUUUUUAAGGACUUUCACGAAGGAGCCAUUACUUUUGGACCCACCUACAAGUAUGACGUGGGCUCCGAGGCCUAUGACACAAGUGACAAGUGUCGCACACCAGCCUGGACGGACAGGGUGCUAUGGUGGAGGAAGAAGUACCCUUCAGAUAAAACAGCUGGAGAGCUCAACCUCCUGGAACGUGACCUGGAUGAGGACACCAAGGUCAGACACACCUGGUCCCCUGGCACCCUCAGGUACUACGGCCGCGCCGAGCUCCAGGCCUCUGAUCACAGACCCGUGCUGGCGGUCGUGGAGGUGGAAGUGCAAGAAGUCGACGUGGGUGCUCGGGAGAGGGUUUUGCAGGAAGUGUCCUCUUUCCAGGGCCCCCUGGACGCCACGGUCAUCGUGAACCUGCAGUCGCCGACCCUGGAGGAGGAGAAGGAAUUUCCUGAGGAGCUGCGUGCCGAGCUCAUGCAGAUCUUGGGGAAUUAUGGGACCAUUGUGCUAGUACGGAUCAACCAGGGUCAGAUGCUGGUGACUUUCGCAGAUAGUCACUCGGCGCUCAGUGUACUGGACAUGGAUGGCAAGAAGGUGAGAGGCAGAGCUCUGAAGAUCCUACCCAAGACCAAGGACUGGCUGAAAGGCCUGCGCGAGGAACUCACGCGGAAACGGGACAGCCUGGCCCCCGUGUCGCCCACUGCCAACUCCUAUUUGCUCGAGGAAAACUUCGACUUCAGCAGCCUGGACUAUGAGUCUGAGGGGGAUGUCCUUGACGAUGAAGAUGACGAGGAGUACUUGGUGGAAGAGUUCGGGCAGUCCCUGGCCUCGGACGGUGAGCUGGGGGCAGACAGCCCAGCCGAGGCCCCUCCCAGCAAGUCACCAGCGCCGGCCAGGAAGCAGCAGCGUCCCACGUACAAAGAUGACGCUGACCUGACGCGAUUACAGCAGGAGCUGGCAGCUGUGGGGGACUUCCGCCACCGUUCUCCGAGCAGGUCUCUGUCGGUCCCCAAUAGGCCUCGGCCACCUCACCCACCGCAGAGACCCCCCCCUCCAACGGGCUUGAUGGUGAAGAAGUCAGCCUCGGAUGUGUCCAUCUCCUCUGGCACCCAUGGGCAGUACUCCGUCUUGCAGACGGCAAAGCUCCUGCCGGGAGCUCUGCAACAGCCGCCCAGAGCCAGGACCGGGAUCAGUAAGCCCUACAAUGUCAAGCAGAUCAAAACCACCAACGCCCAGGAGGCUGAGGCAGCGAUCCGGUGCCUGCUGCAAGCUGGAGGGAGCACCCCCGAGGAAGCCCUGAGCGCGGUGACCUUACGGGAACACAAAGCCUGCCGCCCAGAGCCUGACCCUGCUGCCACAGCCAUGCCGGGCACCGGCCAGGCGCCCCCACUGCUGCCCCGCCGGCCGGCGCCCAGGGUCCCCGCCCUGAAGAAGCCCAUCUUGCGGAGGACAGGAAAGCCCCUGUCACCAGAAGAAGACUUGGCCCAAGAGGCUGUCCGUUUCACAGUCGGGCCCCCAGAGGCAAGCCUUGAAGCCCCCCCUCGAGCCCCUCCUGUCCCCAAACCCAGGACACUGCAGCCCGGAAGAAGUGCCCCAAGGAGGCCCAGCAGUGAGGCACCAGCACCGGAUGCAGCCUCUCCCACACCAGACACCUGCCCGCUCCUGCCACCUGAGGCCCCAUCUCCCAUGCCCAAGGUGCCCCCAAGGAGGAAGAAGUCGGCACCACCAGCCUUCCACCUGCACGUCCUGCGGGGCAAUAGCCAGCUCCUCCAGGACCGCCCAGGUGAUGGUGAUGGCAGUGACUGGGUGCAAGGACACCCUCCAGAGCCAGACCUGCUCCUUCCCCAAGUGGCUUCCUUGGGUACCUCCUCUGCCACCGGCGCUGAAACCAAUGGCCGUAGAGUCCCGAAGCCAGAGGUAGUCUCCCUGCUGGGUGAGUACCAGGAUCCCUUCUGGAACCUUCCCCACCAUCCCAAACUGUUGAAUAGCGCCUGGCUUCCCAAGAGCUCUGACCCCUUGGACUCAGGCAUCAGAGACCCUGAAAAGGCUGCUCCCACACCAGCACACAACAACACCUCUGCUGUCCGGGGCGAGCUGUUACAGAACACUUCCAGCCACUGGGAGGCCGCCAGUGACAGAGACCAGAGGACGGUGCUGGAGGUGUUUGACCCCUUGGCAAAAACCUGACUCGGGAGCUCUGGAGCCAUACCCUCCCCAUAGGCAUCACUUGAUUAGCUCUGGCGAGACAUCCAUUGAAAGGAACACUGAACAAGAGAAAGAAAUGUAUGUUUCUGUCCCUAUCAUGGCAGUUGACAACACUUGUGUCUGUUAUCCAAAAUGUCUGGUGGCAAACAUGGUUCAUUUAGAGUUA